AUGUCGCUGCAUCAAAGAUGGGGAUAUUUACGCAGCGGCGAUCCAGUUCCUGAAAGAUCAAAUACCUUCCGCCAAACUAGGCAGAUCAUUGAUUUCCUGGUAGAUGACGAUGUAUUGUCUGAAUUGCUCUUGUUCUUGCAAAAGGAGAUAGCAGCAGUCAAAAUCGUUUCGAAUAAUACUUUUUCCGAUACCCAGUCGACUGAUCAUUCCCAGCGCAGAAAACAACUUAUCCAAUUGCUUAUUUCCAUGCCAUGGGAUCAAGGCAGCCUUUUGAUUCGCCAAGAAUUCAAAAUGGUCAUGCAAUGUUUAACGUCGCCGACCAGUCGAAAAAGGCGGCGCGCUUCGUCCUUCACGCUUUUUGAUCAAGAGCAACCGAAAGAAACCCUAGCAAGUCAAUGGUCUACUACCUGCAAAUCACAAGAUCUGUACCCUCUGGAUCGACACAAACAAGCAUUCAUCACCUUGUUCCAAUACACGCAACGGCAUGGACAUCCUAUGCAACCAUUGGAGUUACGUCAUGUGGAUCCGAAACGCGUAACGGACGCAGCAGACAUACAGGUCGUUGACAUGUUGAUCGGAAAGUUAGAGACACCGUCCGAGAGUGAACCAUUAAUGGAAAAGAUAUGGAUACAGUGUCAAUUGCAAAGCCUUCAGCUACUACGAGAUCAGGCUCCCGGAUGGAGAUCGAUCUUGAAAAUGAUGGUCCAAUUUGCCGAUCUGUGGGUAAACCAGUUAUCAGACGCUGGUGCCAUCCAAUACUUUGGCGAAAUGAUCGCAAGAGAAGCACUGUUCAUGGACUUGUACCAUCAUACUCUGAAAUUGGUCAACAUUUACAAUAACCUAGGUGAAGUGCUGGUCACCUCAUCGACAAUCAAAAAAUUAUGCUCUUUACUGCUUGCGACAAUGGACCAUAUUUCGGACGCGAACGAGUUGUGUCGUUAUCGAGAUCGUGCCUUUGCACUGGAUGCGGUGGCCACCGACCCCACCGAGCCUUUAUUUGGCUCUGUGGACUAUUGGUGCAACGACUUUUAUUUUCAGCUCACCAAAGUAUGCAAUCAGCUGGUACAAACAGACAAUGACACUAUUUUCUCACUGGAUGAUACGGAACUGCCGAUAUCAUCAGAGGCCCUUCAUAUGUUGGUCAAGCUUUCCUUUAUGUGGCCUUUCCAAGUGCUCAAAAAGCUUGUGUCUGCGUGCUUUGAGAACCGAAAUCAGCACUUGAUCAUUGUCCCUAUUCUUGCGGGAAUGCAACGUCUCUCGGGUCUCAAAAAGCAAAGCAGUAGGCCAUCGUUGAUGGUACUUGUACUCCAACACCUGUACAAUUCUCUUGAUUCGACCUUACUCACGGCGUUCAAGCCCAAUAUUCUCAGUUUCCUGCAAGCCAGCUGUCAACCGGAUCCAACGAAAUCAUGCCCGAUCAUGUUGGUUUCCGACCGGCGAAUUGAAGCAAACCUCGGACUCGUGUUGGAUAUCCGUGAAUAUCUUUCUGCGUGUAUAGUUCCCUCCUUGGAAAUCGGCGUCAACAUUGAACAACAUACGUCAAAGUCACGAAAUCAGCUGAAACUCCAUCUGCAAACCCUCCAGGCGCUUGGCAAUCUCAAUGAUGACGGUCUCGAAAAAGCACGCAAAACUUACAGCGAUCAUUCUGAUUACUGGCCAAUAAUGCUGGCUAUGCGUCCUACGGACGUACUAGAUGCGCUGUUAUCGCUGCUGACGUUGCGAGAAUCCGGCAACGUGGAACACCAGUUGUAUAGUCUUGAGGAUUGGAACGCGAUCCGCUCGUGUAUCAAUACGCUCGUGUACGUGACCCGGAGCAUGAUGGGAUCGGAGGUUGCGCCCGAUAAGGAUCGACAGGACGAGGUUCCAUCGCUGACUACGAAAAAAGAGAGUUUACGAAAUGAGAUGGUCACAUUCAUGCUGGAGCGGUUGAGUCAAUACGCUUGGCCUAUUCGGGUCGUGUGUUACGAUAUUUACACCCUAUUCCUCCCUUUGCCGCCCAAGAUCCGUAUUCCGCGCUUCUUGGUUCAAGUAACGGGAACUCUCAAUGGCGUUUUCGAGGAACUAUCCAGUGAUGAUGAUACCCCUGAUUCCCACGGAGAUGGCCAAGAAGGGUGGUGUCUUUUCGUUCAAGCAUGCAAACUGUCCAGAACAUUGAUGAAGGAAUUAUUCCGACAAAAAGAGAGUUGGAUGUCCAGUCUAGUCCUGUUAUGGAAACAUCCGAAUGAAGACACGAUUCUGACACCCUGUUUCUACCGGAACCUGUAUCCCAGCCAUACACCGAGUGUGCAAUCUGAAUAUCAAUUGCUUCUUGACACGUUUUUAGGCGACCUGUAUGAAUCGAUGAAUGAUGCACAAAUUAUUCGCAACUACAGCUAUCCCGUGUCGCAAAUGUGUCCAAUGGCUCGGCGUUUAACCGAUUCUGUUCUGUACGUGAUCAGAUUAUUGACGCAAUGUGCUUCGUCGCUGAAAAUGGCGGAAACAGAGGCUCCUGAGAAUCCAUCAUCUUCCAUGUAUGCAGACGCCAACUUUUUCGUAUCGAAUCUUAUUCGAUGCUUACAGAAUCUCAAGGAAUGGACGGGGAUUUCCGCAUCACGCCACUUGAUUCCGCAAAGUGACAAAAAGCCUUUUUCCGCUAAGCUUAUCCGCGAGUAUCUGCGGGAGAAUUACAGUAACAUCCAGAAGAGUGAGAUCAUCGAGGAUCGUCAGACCGAGACUCAGGAACAUGGUUCGGUGGUGGAAAUCUUUUACCCAUUUCCUAAUGAGGCAUGGCACUCGGGGCGAUCGCUGGCGAUACUGACGUUCUGCAUGUUGUGUUAUGUGAGCCAUCAAUUGCAGCGGACCGAGUUGCAAGAUCUCGUCCGUGUACUCAUGCUUCAAAUUGUGGAAGGACUCACGGAUCAAGAACACCGACAAGCGUUUCGGCGGAUAUGCAGCCAGCAAGUGAAGUCACGUACUACUCAGUGGAAAAAAGCCAAAGAGAGGAAAUCCAAGUUGGUUUUACGGCCCAUCAUGGCCAGCGAUGAAGAAAUCCUCAUUCGGUCGUAUGUUAGUUUAUUAUCAUCAGUGGAGGAACAACGUGCCAUUCUUCAAGCGUUCGAAAUAGCCGAAUCACAUCCUCCUCAAUCUGCCGCCAUCUAUCUUAUGCCUCAGGAAUGUAGAUUUCUAGCCACCUGA